GGGGGAGUUGGAAAGUCAAGAUGUCCCAGUGAAGAACGAAGCGCUUUGGGCUCCUCAUCUCCAAAAGUCAAGCGUUGAAGUUUGCGCCAUAUUGAUAUCCAACGGCACAACACUCGCACACAUUUCACGCACGGCCGUCGAGAUGAGCAGCAGCAGGGUACUGCCAUCCCAUAAGCGCACCUCCUCGGGUGCCGAAAAUCAGGAUACGGACCAACCUCCGUUCAAGCAGGCGCGAGAGGCGCGAGACAGCCUCUCAGGAGUCGUGAGAAGCAUGGAGCCUCCGGAGGUGCCAGAAAAUGCAUCAUCGGCAUCCUCCAGCUCCGACGGCAGCGAUGCGUCGUCUCUACUCAAUGGCGUCUACAUCGUCCAGUACAGCAUAAGCAACAUGCACAACGACGAGAAUGAUAUCCGAAUCCUUGGCGUCUACGUGAGCGAGGAAGACGCCGAAGCACAAGUUUCUGCCGAAAAGGCCGAUCUCGAGAGCAAAGGCGCGAGUCCGGGCGACAUUGAGGAUCUUUACCAGUCAGGCUGGACGUGGGAAGACCACGGCUACGGAAAGAUACGAAGCUGCUCUGUGCAGUUUCAUAAGCUUAUCUGGCCCAGUCAGAGGAGCGGCGCUUCAUCUUCGUCGAGCUCGGCAUCCUCUGUCCAAAGCGGCAGACUGGGGCACGGCGAAGGAGACAUGGGCACAAUCUUCGAGGAGAGUCUGUAUCUGCCGAGGAAUUAGCUAAUGUGUGUACAAGUCGGGUGUUUGAGCUUCGAGGAAUCAUCUGGCGGCAUCGUCGUUGGAGUUCUAGGCAAAUCAGCAAUGCUAAAACGACCAGUGCGCCUGGAAAUUAAGGAGAAAAGCGAGUAAAAAGGGCUAAAGGAAAAAGCCAGAUAAAAACGGGAAACAAUUAGCAAUUGGGUACAACUACCGACUCGAAUGAGACGGACGGAGUCGACGCUAUCCAGGUCCAAACCGAUUUUGCAAUUGACGGGGACUAAGAUCCAAAACUGGAACUCUCCAAGUAUUAUACUUUUGGGGAUUUCAGAUAUAGUUCUAGACGAAAUACCCCAUUAUGCUCGGCAGCUAAUUAAAU